GGAAGAUGUAAUAUCCACCCAAGAGGCCGGACCAUCAGGGAGUGAGCCGCACCCUGUACACGGGGCCAGGCGGGCUACAGAGAGAGUCAAGAUUUCCAAGUGUGACAUUUCUGCAGAUAAACACUAUCAACAGAGGUCACACCUUCCUAUAUCCUCGCAGUCGGCAGCAAUGAAUGUAGCUGUUAAACUGAGGGAAGGCACAAGAGACGAAGGCACGCACUCCUCCUCUGGUAACUGGUCGGCAUCAUCCAGCACGCGCACUUCUGUAGAGUCCGACCAUCACCGCCCGAUUGCUUCACCAACUUCAUCCCUCGAGCAAGACUCCAUUCUCUCAGAGUCUUUGCAAAUUAGAUCUUCUUCGCCUUCAAGUAAUCAACGAACAAACUCAAGAACAACCGACGACUUUCCUUCUACGUCGUCCCACGCCAGUGACGGUACUCUGACCCCCACGCAGGACAUACAAGAUAUACCAUUUUUGGACGAUGACACGAGCUCAGCUUACUCUUGUGACACCGAAGGGUACUACACGUCCUUCCAUAUAGACAGUGGCCUGCGAUCCGUGAGUUACGAAGGAAAUACUCUAGCGAGUGAAAACGAAUACGAAUUAUUUGGUAAAGGUAGCACGGGCACCACCAACAGCUCGGCAAGCUUAGGAACGGUCGUCAUGAGGAACCCGGAGAAAAAGACGCCCCCGAAGCCGCCUCAGAGGGUGAGCUCCUUAGAGAGAAAGAGAGAAAAUAGAGAAAGUGUUAUCACGGUCAUACACGUCAACGGUUCUACGUCUUCCCGAGAGGACGUGGCCGGAGACGUGCCGGACAAAGCCUGCAGUCAGGAUGGCGACAGUCGAAGUUCACGGGAAGGCGACAGUGGACGGGAAACUUCCAGCUCUCCCACUGAACCCACAAGUCCACGUCAACCCAGUUUACCGUCUCCAGAGUUGGAGUUUUCGGAGUCUGACCUGGAGGCCGACAGACGAGAGAUUUUACGUGCUAAAACGACCAUUAACUCGAGCCGUAUACCAUCAAUGUGCGUGAUAACUCCUCCUCAAAGUGACGACGAAAGUGUUAGGUCCGGGGGUGUUCCACUUUCUAGAGAUAGUUCAGGGUCACAGAUUGAUAACCAGGGACAGCAGGCACCUCCUCAGGGACUUUUGGGUUCCCUUGCAAGUCAGGGACAAACUCAUGGUGUUGCUGCUAAACUACUCUCUUUUCAGAAUAGUGGUGCAAAAAGUGGUGGUGGAGCAAGAAGUGGUGGUGGUGCUAUUAGUGGUGGCAAGACUGUGGUAGAUGCCAGUGUUAGCGACAAGAAAGAUCCAGUUUUAAAAGCUACAGUUUUACCCCACGGUUACACACCGACGCUCACCGUCAUUCCUCGCGGUAAGGACGGAGACAUUAAUGCUCACUUGAAAGGCAUCAUGCACACGGCAGCCGUAGCGUCUCCUGCACGACCGGACCCCGACCAGCCGGUGCUGAUCCGACCAUCUCUGGUGAAACAGGCAGAAAGAGAAAAGAGAUUAUCACAAGAAAGUGAUGAUAAGCAACAUGCUGAAUUACAAAAGCAAAUAUCAAAAGAUGAACAACAAAAAUUACCCAGUGAAAGAACUCAGUUACAGACCUCUGAGCUGGUGUCUUAUAAGGAGCUUCCUCCCCCUACCACCGGUGGAGCCCAUCCGUUUAGUGCCGUGCCCACCAGCGUUAAACAGAACGUAGUCAUCACGCCGACCAACUCCCUGGAGAGAAGGAAGGCCAACCCCACAAAACCUGGUGCCCGGGUCACACUCAACUCCGACGGGAAGGUCGUUUACUCCUCGGAUAGUUUACCUCGGCGCAAGGGACACUCUUCCUUUGAACCCGGGCCGUAUAUUAAGCAGGCUGUCACACAAGCCCAGCCGGCAGGAGGUACCAGUAAUUCUCACACUCUUACUGUUUCGCACAUGAAGUCUUCAGUGUCAUCAGCACCAAGUAGCAUCCAGCACACUCCAUUGCCUGCUCUCCCUACCUCCAGUAAUAAUACAGGUGCAAAGCCCCAGCCUCAUCCAAUGGCACAACGACCACAACAACCUCUCCCGCCCUCAGCAUCACACACUACACUGCCAUUAUCAACUGUUUUUCCUCACUCUAAACAGUCUCUUGAUACAGUUUCAAAAUCUUUUCAACCUGUUUCAUCUUCAUCAAAGCCCAUUUUCACUUCUGCAUCACCGCACCUUCAAGCCUCGGCCGCUCCUGCACAGUCAUUGUCAGGAGCAGCUGCCACCACCCUGCACAUUCUACCCUCCCAGUACUCGGCAACCCUCCCUUCACAUAGUCAUGCACCCCCACCCACACAGUCUCAUCCUGCCUCCUCAUCACAACCCCUCCCAGUACCAUUGUCACAACCUCUCCCAGUACUACCAUCACAACCUCUCCUAGUACCAUUGUCACAACCUCUCCUAGUACUACCAUCACAACCUCUACCAUUAACACCACAACCUCUCCCUCCACAGUCUGUCUUAAGCCACGCUUCACAACUACCUGUGGCAUCAUCACCACUACUGUCUAGUACAACACCACAAUCAGUCUUACAUCCUUCAACACAAUCUGUCUCUCACAUUACAACAAAGACUCACCCAAGUCAAACGAAGCCAGACUCACAUCCCACUCUUCAGAAAGCUACCAGUGUACCCCCACUUGUGAGCAUGGCACCCACACCUUCACCAGUGCCAACGUCAACAACGGCAAGCCAACAUGCACGCCCACCUCAACCUCUACCCCAGCAAAGACUACAGCAGGCGGCACAACCUCCUCAAUCUCCCGGUAGCCAGAAACAAGUGGCCUUCAUUGCCAAAAGUGAUGCAGAACAGAACUUGACGGACAAACAACGACUCGCGAGUAUUGCAGGAAGCUCCAACAGCAUCUACGGCACUACUCAGCAACAACAGCAAAUGCGACAACAGCAACAGCAAAUUUAUCAGGCCCGACAGGAAGCGCAGAGACAACUUUUACAGCAGCAGCAGAUGCAGAUUUAUCAAACCCGCCAAGAGGCACAAAGAGCCAUACAGCAACAGCAACAAAUGCAACAGCAACUUAUUUAUCAAACAAGAGAAGAAGCUCAAAGGCAGUUCCAACAACAACAGCUGAUGAUGCAGCAGCAACCAAUAUAUCAGACUCGGCAGGAAGUUCACCAGGUGCGUCAGCAGCAGCAGCAGCAGCAACAAAUGCAAGCUGUGACUACAUCCUCUAGUGUAAUUAUGGCAUCCCAGGGUGCACCCAUGUCACCAAGAAGUCAGCGAGCCGGGGCUUACGUCCACGUACAGGGUCAGGGUACUCAAGGGGCAGCAACUCAGCAGACAGCCACUGCCCAGUCCUCACAAAGUAACCCGUCUAGCACUAAAGGUCCUCAACGUCCCCAGAGUGCUCACGGGUAUCCCCCCGGUGGUACAACCUCUCGUGCACCUACUCCCGUGCAGGGUCCCAUCACCUCCAGCCCUAGACGUGGGGCCCAACCCAGCACUGUGGCCUUCACUCACCCCCACCUGCGCACUGAUCCAGGUUUACUCUAUGGAUCCCAGCGUAGUCUGCAGAGUGUGGGCCUAGUGGCCGAGGGUCGAGGGUCGGGCCAGCAGCAGCAGCCUCCGCGGCCUAUAUCCACAUCACCACCUCCCUACAGUGAACACCACAGUCUCAUUGACAGUGAUAUAUAUGGUAGAAUUGGCAUGACUCGACACGUUCAAGUCGGAGGGACGUUACCGGCCGGGUUCGGGAGACACCAGAGAGGAUACAGUUCCCUCCCUCCAUCCCGACGACAGUCAUUUGUACCCCAGACAACACAGCAGCAGCAGCAGCAGCAGGCUCAGCAGCAGCUACAGCAGCAACAGGCAACAUCUAGGAGGUCAAGUGUGGCCUCAUAUACAGCAGGAUUGGACAGCAGAGGAGUUCGAAGGCCGGCAGCUUCUAACCCAAGCACGCCAGAGAAGGUGUUGGAUAAAAAGGAAAAAUCUAGUAAAAAGGAUAAAGAUAAAGAUAAAGAAAAGAAGAAAAAGGAACCAAAAACAGAAAAGUCUCCCAAGAAAAAAUGGUUUUGGACUUUGCCUUUACGAAGAAAGAAGAAAAACAAGGACGAAACGACAGAGGAUGACGAUGGAGGUUUCAAGGCAGCUUCAGAAAAAGGAGCAAGGAAACCUGUGCCUCCGGAUGACUCGAGCUUUAUCCGUUACCCUUCGCCCGACACCGCGUCCUCGGAUAUGAAUUCGUCUUACUCUAGUGAGAUGUCCGGGGAGCAGAGCUACAGAAGUAGCCCAUCUGCCGAAGUUUAUUAUUAUAGCCGACGAGCGCAGCACCAGGCCAUGCAACUUCAGCAGCAGCAGCAGCAGGGGGGAGGGGGUGUUGGACCACGUUCAUUACCGACAACACCAGUAUCACCACCAGACAGCAACCAGUCAUCCUUCGUGUCUGUUAACCCAUCACCCCAGAGUGUGAUGUCUGAUGUGACAGAUCUCACGGUUACAGACUUGACUCGAGGGCGUCGUUACAUGAGUAGAGAGGAGCUGUAUGCGGCUAUGCGCCAUCCUCAGUACUAUAAUUCCCACAGGGGCACAAUGGCUGGUCCUACUGGUGAUUUUAGCAGCCAGAAGACCACCCCAACGUCUAGCCGCAGUACUUCUCCUGCCGUGUUUGGCGUUAAUCCUCUUCCACCAUAUACCAUCAGGCCACAAGUUCAGAGUGUAUACGGCGGUUGGCCUCCCGACCAACAGAUCAACCACCAACAGGUGGGAGUUGCUCACAGAGAUGCAGCUACACUUCAACAUUCACUUCCUGACUCGCAGUCAGAAGAUAUUUCACCUACAGCAGAUGUUGAUCCUCCUGAAGGCUAUCAGGAUUUAUCUUCUUGUGAUGGUUUAGGAAGAUAUGAACCUCAAGCAAAACAAAGUCCCAGUAUACCUGUAGGUGGCCAAGACCCCCAGCUGAACCAACAGUGUUUGUCAUCUCAACAAAGUCAGUCUCAGCAGGCAUCACAAUCUACCCCUAAACAAACAACUCUCGGUGAUUUUAAGAAAAUGAUUUUAAAUAAAAGUAUGAGUUCCGCCGGUGGUAAUCAUAGAAUAUCUGCCGUGGAGAUGCUAAAAGCUUCUCGUCCGGGGAUUUAUGGGUACUCCCCUCCUCCUGCCCCAGUGGUGAAGCCUCCACAACCUUCGCCCUCUCAGACCCGGGGCGAAGGAGUCAUCAUUCCACCUUCUUCCCGCAACACUGCCCGGGCACUACUGUUUCAGAGUCGCUUUGGAAGUGGCAGGCGGUUCCGCACACCAAAGACCGAAAUUAUUAGUACCACCAUACUAGAAGAUCAUGGUGGAGAAGUAUAUGAAGAGGAGGAAGAAGAUGAAGAUGAAGAAGAUGAAGAUGAAGAUGACAGCAGUGGAGGAAGCCCAGAUCGACAGAGCGUGAGGGGUCCUCUGGCACGUGCCCACAGUGAACCUUGUAGUUCUCAUCGCACCGCGCCAUCAUCCCCUUCAUCCUCUCCAGUUGAACAUCGUGAGGAUGUUGCACAUUCAACCCCUAAUACCACCCUUGAUCAGCCUCCUCAGCCACCAGAUGUGUCCAUCAUCACUUCAGACACACUACAAGAGAUAGAAUCAGUCACAAAUGAUGAUGAAACUGAUGAAAAGGAGUCUAUGGAAACAGCUCUCUGACAUGAGGCAUAAUCUAGUCCUUAAUUACUGUAAAAAGCUGCUCAAGAAUUUUAUACUUAUUCCUGUUGAAACCUUCCUUUACUGUACUCCUUCUGGGGGUGAGCGAAGCUUCUCUUUAUACAUUCAUUAGCUGACAAUGUAUUUUGGAAAUAGAGUACUUAAACAUUUUUAAUUUCACUCCAUAUUUAUAUUUCUACAGUAGUGAUGCGUCUGGCACAAAAAUAUAUUUUUCUUGUCUUCAGAAUAUUUAUGUUUAUUUAUUCUCUUAUUUUGUUGUACAUUUGUUACAAGACAAAAAGAAUUUCUUAACUUUUAGAAAAUGUGCACAACUGUCAGUCUCUGAAUAGAACAUUGUUCUUCUAUCAGUCUCUGUUUCAGGGAUUUACUAUUCCAUGUUAUGUAGAGGAGUGCGAUGCAGCCUCCCGUGGUGACCCUCUCGCACCGUUGGUGGACGCCAACAGUUUUUGACAGAUGGGUAGACAUGGUACUAGGCUGUGCAGGAGUUUCCUUAGUGCACCCCUAGACUUCUGCAAGACUGACACACUGCCAGCCUUAAAGCAUGCAUGCUCUUAGGGAUUUGGGGAUACUUAUGUUCCAACUUAUUUCUUCUCUGUCCUACUUUUAAUCUUUGUUUUUGUCUGACAAAUGAACAUAGUUCAUGUGACAUUUUAUUGAAAGCCAUGUUGAUGAAGGCUUUCGUUUUAUCAUUUCUUCAAUUAGAAAACUUUAUUCCACUGACUAUUAUAUUGCCCUUAACCACUGAAGGUGAAUGUAUGUUAUUUGCUCUCUUUUUCCAAGUUCAUGUUGGAGAUCAGUUAACUUGGAGUUCACCGCGUCCGACUUGGUCAGCAAAGUUGGUGCAGAAUUUGUAUAAAGUAAUGAAAUUUGAAUAACAAUGUAAGAAAAAGAGGCAGUUUCUUAGUUUAAAUGAAAAUAAAGUUAAUUGUAGUUUCGAUUUAGAUAAAAGUAUGAUGGAUGCAACAAGAAGCUCUUCUCUGUAGUUUAAUAAGGUGAAAGAGACGAGCUCUAGGUCUUGAAGCUGGCUGCAUCUUCAUUUCUGCUCAGCUGCCCAAGGAAAUACAAAGGUACUACUUGUCUCAGGGGUACACACUGUCUUGCACAAACUCUGCUUGGUUUGUGUGACAGCCCAAAGUCACAUUUUCAUUCCAUACAACUUUGGACCACAUGUGACCUUCAGCCAUAAGCACAAAGUCAUUCAUACAAUCCAGAAGGCACUAAAUCUCCCACGUUUAUCAUAGAUCCUGUUGACCACUUUACCCGUACACUUUAUACCAAGAGGAAGCUGGUCAACAUAUAUCAACAGUAUUUUUGCUGCUGCAUCUGUAGUUAUGGGCAGAAGCAACACACAUGUAAGAAAUGUAUAGCUGAAUUUUUUAUGUAGAAAAAUUCCAGUAUUGGUUAUGGUCCUCGUGUGUCAUUAUGGAAGACUUAGUCAAUACCUUUAUGUAUUUACUUAGCCAAAUUUUGAUCUCAUUGACCUAAAUGUUUAUUUAAGAUUGUUCUCUCUAUUUCUACUCAGUGAAGUUCCUGAACAUUCCCAAGAGAAACUAUUCCAGACUCCCUAUCAAAUGUUAGGUUUUUAGAAACCUGAAAGUUCUAACACAUUAUCUGAAUUAGGAAGUGCCUUUUUGUCCCAUGAUAAGUUCUGCCAUUUGUUGUAGCAAUAACUUAUAUCAUGUAUAUAUUGUAUAUUGAUCAUACAGGCUUAUAGGAUAGGCAACUUCUGCCCCUCUACUUAGUUUUUUACCGACGCUUUAGCUAUGUUAGACUUACUGUGUAUUUCUUGAUACGGUUUUCAUAGAUGUGAGACCAACAUAUUUUUUCCUAUCUUUAGAAUUUCAAUAUAAAAGAGCCCAAGGCAGACUUAGGCUCUCUGCUCAAACACAGAUACAAGGAUGAAGACAAUUUUGUAUGUAGACUUUCUUCAGUUUAUAAACAUUUUUGACAUCGUGUAGUUACCACUUUAUAAACAAACAACGGUCAUUCCAAAAGAAAGGAAUGUUCAAUUGCUCGUUUUGUUUUACCUGACAGCUGUCAUUGAAGCUGCUAUAAAUAUUGUUUAAGUAAAGUUAAGACAUGCCAAAUUAAAAUUAUAUAUAGACUUAUUAAUGGCCAGAAACCUGAAAUUGUGCUAUUUCAUACCAUUAUUGAGUCUUCCUUUUUAACUAUAGUCUGUGAAGCUAAACACCAAAGUCAGUUUGCACCUCAGAAGAACCAAGACAUGACAUAUUACCUGAUCUUGUGUUGUUUAUGAGUCUCUGUCGGGGUAGCAAUAAAGACAUGACCUGGAAA